AUGAGUUCUAUGUUCAAAAAGAAAGGAGGGCCUGCCUUCAAACCAAAGAUCCCCGCUGCUCGACGCCCCGCGGCACCAGCGUCUUCACAACCACCAAAGCCAUCGCCAGCUUCUGUUCCUCCACCGGUGUCCGACGAGUCUCGAUCUCAGCAAACCUCAAAAGAAUCCUCCGAGUCUUCGUCACCGAAAGAGACUGUAACUGCACCUGUUGAGCCCAAACUUCAGGAUUCUCAUCAUGAUGGCCAGCCUCCUACCCCGCCAUCGACAAAUCCAGAGCCCGCAAAGCCCUAUGACGCUGCUACAAUUCAGAAAGCUUCUCAAGAGAAGUCGCCAGAAGAAUCCCACCAAGUAGCAGAAAGUCAGGAUGUUGUUACCCGGACAGAAAAGGUCGUUGCGCCGGUUGCGACUGAACAAACCCCAAAACCUACCGUAGUCACGGAAUCAGCGACAGAACAAAUACAACCCAGAAGCAAACAACAGCACGAUCAGUCGCCAAGCACUAGAGAACCCUUUUCGCAACCCAAUGUAUCUCAAACAAGUGACUCAGAAAGUGUGGCCUCUCCGGUGCUGCAAACUCCCACUCCUGAUGAUUCGGAAAGUCCGAGUGGGACUGAACCUUCUACAACGUCUUCCCCUCCAGCCGGUGAUUCUAAUGAGUCACAGCCCGCGCCUUCCACAGAAGAACAAAACAUCCCCAAGCCCACACGGAAAACUCGGGCCAGGAAGCAGACCACUCAGGCGACUCAAGACGAAACUGGCACAGAAGACGCUCCGCCCAAGAAGCGACAGAGGAAGACUGCCGAAGAUGGUGCAACACCUAAGCAGCCAAGGAAACGAAAAGCGCCAGCUCAAAGCGGUACUAACACGCCUAAAACCAGAAGGGCACGCUCACUGACACCAGAAGACUCAGAAUCUCAGUUGGUCGAUCUUCAAAAAUUGAAAAUGGCCGAUUUGACCAAGGAUCUUCACAUUGGCAAGAAGUUCAGCAGGCACGACGAAUUACGAGAGCGAGAGCGACGGGCCAGGAUGAAAAACAAACUUGGAACCAACGAGGAACGUGAUAGUUCGGCAACUCCUGACGCUAGUGGUCAGGUCGACAAGACUGGAAGUCCAGCUGCAUCGCCAGCGCCAUCUGCUCCUGCCCCAGCUGCUCCUUCAGGACCUCAAUUCCGAAUUGUGGAUGGACAAAUCGUGAUCGAUCAAAGCUCUCUGUCCGUUGAUCGACAUGCUCGAGCUGCUGCCGCCGCCGGAGAUAUGGAGACUGUCGAAGAAAACGACUUCACUCGCCUUAUCACCAGUAACUCAUUCAUGAACACAUCCAAACUCAAGGGACCCAACAUUUGGACUGAAGAAGAAACAGAGCUCUUCUACCGUGGGCUGUGCAUGUUUGGGACAGACUUUGAGAUGAUCUCCAAAAUGUUCCCUGGCAAGCAGCGUCGCAAUGUAAAGCUCAAAUAUAACCGUGAGGAGCGGCAUUGUCCUAGGCGGAUCACUGCUGCGCUUGUCGGCGAGAAAACCGUCAAGAUAAACAUCAACGAGUACAAGGCAUUUACCGGGAGUGAGUUCGAGCCAGUGGAUGCCAUCGAAGCCGAGCAACGCAAGAUCCAGGAGGAGUACGAGGCAGAGGAGAAGCGUCGUGCUGAUGAGCAGGCCGAGGUCAUGCGCAAGAGGCGUGAGGAGCUCUUCAAAGAUGAUGAAGACGGCGAUGCAAAGAAGAAAAAGAAAAAGAAGAAGCAAACAGUCAUUUACGGACUUAACGGCGAACCCAUCGUUCAAGAGGAAUGA